UUUCCAAGAUAGGCCGAAAGCAUCCACUCCCGGAGACCACACAGGGCACCGAGAUUUCCCCGGGGCCGGAGCCUCGCGCCGCCACCACCAUGCCGGCGCCGGCGCUCUCCUCCCUCCACUACCUGUCGUCCCACCACUUCCUCCUCCCCGCCCACUUCCUCCCCCCUGGCGGCGGCCGCCCCCUCCGCCGUGGCGACCUCGCCAUCCGCAUGGGCGGCGGGCCGCGCACGUACCCUGGCGGCGUGUCCAAGUGGCAGUGGAAGCAGAUGCAGGCCAAGAAGGCCCGGCAACUCCUCAAGGCUCGCCUCGCGCGCGAACGCCAGCUCUACGAGAUGCGCAAGCGCGCCGAGCUCCGCGACGCCGUUGCGCACCUCGAGCGUCCCUGGGACCCCGACUCCGUCCCCGCCGCCGUCGACGCCGCGCCCAACCUCCUCUCCGUCGCGGCCGACGACCAGCUCAAGGCGCUCGCCGACCGCUUCCACCGCCCUGGCGGCGUCGACCUCUGGAACGAUCGCGACGGGCCCCGGGUCUUCGACUCCCCAGCCACCGGCGCGGCCUCCGCACGGUUCUUCCCCAAGAACGCCGUCCACAGCGUCCAGCCCUACGCGCUCCUCGGCGCCGGAGAUGAGGCGGCUGCGCCUCGUGCUCGCGGGAACGCUGCCGACCUGCUGCUAGGGCGCAGAGACGGCGCACAAGGUGUUUGUGAGAAUGCUGAUGAGGAGGCGUAUGGUGUUGGUGACCGCGAGCCUGCGGUUGAACUUACGGAAAGGGACCCGGUGAAUGCCUUGGACGACAGCGAUGACAGCAAUUGGAGUUUGGAUGAGGAUGACCAUGCAACAACCUCUGAAUCAGAGGGCAUGGGAGACGUUGGUUCUUGGCGCGAGCGACCAGCAAUGGUUAGGAGAAAUGGAAGGAACAAUGGUGUGGCAAGGUGGGAUGCUGUGAGUGCCAUGGCCGUCGGUAGAGACAAUGACAGAGGUUUGAGUGGUGAUGCUUUCUUCUCAGACUCAGAAGGACCAAGAGAAGAUCGUCUUGAUCGAAGUUGGCAGGAAAGAAGUAGGGGUGGGAGUACAAGGAAGCGUGCCGGCGGGAGAUGGAAUGCCUUGAACACCGUGGUGGGCAGUCGCGCCACCGAAAGGAGCCGAAGGGGGAGCAGUUCGUUCUCCGACUCUGAGGUGAUCCAUGGUGGCUCUGAUCCAAAAUGCAGAACAAGGAACAGAGAUGACACAAUGAAUGGUAGGUGGAAUGCUCCUAUAAAGAACUGGAUCGGCAACGAGUUUAAUUCAAAUUCAGAGAGUGCAAGAGGUGAUAAAUUGGAACCAAGAUGGGGAGCCAGAAAUAAGUUGAAUGGAAGAGAGAAUAGAAGAGGAAGAUCGAAACCAAAAUUCAGUGCAGAUACCAAUGAUGGAGAGAGGCCGACGAGAUACACGAGGGACAACAAUGGUGAUGAGCACACGAGUGGCCAUGGCGGUGGCUUUGCCGAAGACUUGGAGGUGCCAACAUGGAAGCCGAGAAGAAUGGACCGAUCUAGGAACAACAAGGGCGAUGGAAGAUACCAGUUUGGUGGUGGCUUUGCCGAAGAUUUGGAGGUGCCAACAUGGAAGCCGAGAAGAAUGGACCGAGCUAGGAACAACAAUGGCGGCAAAGACGAUAACAUGGGUGGGACAUUCAGGAGAGGUGACAACAGGGCGUCUAGACGGCUGCAUGCGAAUCCUGCGAACGGCAGUGAGGAUGGUAGACGUAGGAAUGGAGUACGACGGUUCUGGGGAGACGAAUACUCGCUACGGCCAACGUCGGAAUUGCGCAGCUCGUGGAGGGAGACGGGAUCGGAUGGAAAGUAGUCAAAAGCGAUAGACUGAUGUGGUCUGUGUGCUAACUUCUGUAAAACUAUACCUCUGUUGAAAAGUAAUGUAAUGAUACUUACCAUC